GCAGUCAUUGGAGUUAUUCCGAAUUUAUUCCGGUGUCUCUGAGAGCAGCAUCUGGCCCUUUUUAAUCCCACUUAGCCUCUGUGUUUCUUUUGAUGAUGCUACAACCAAUGUGUUUCACAGAACUGAUGAAGUGAGCUAUAGCUCCCAAAAGCUUAUGCUCAAAUAAAUUUGUUAGUCUCUAAGGUGCCACAAGUCCUCCUUUUCUUUUUGUGAAUACAGACUAACACGGCUGCUACUCUGAAACAGAACUUGUUGCACACACAUCUUCAAAAUACGGUGGAGGGUGAUCAUUUCCACUAAAGACAGGACAAGUUGUGGGCUUAAUCUGCAGCAAGGGAGAUUUAGGUUAAAUACUAGGAAAAUCUUUCUAACUCUCAGGGGAGUUCAGCUCUGGAACUGGCUUCCAAGGGAGGUUGUGGAAUCCCCAUCAUUGGCGGUUUUAAAGAACAGGUUGAACAAACACCUGUCAGGCAUGGCCUAGCUUUACUUGUCCAGACCCCUGUGCUGAGGCAGAACCUGGAUGACUUGUCAACUUCCCCUACAGCCUUACAUGUCUAUGAUUCUCUGAGUGCCAAUAAAAAAUGAAAGCCUAAGGGCCUGAAUCUGAUCUCAGGUUACUGAACCUAACGGGACUGCAGGAGGGCCCUGAUUUCCACUGAGUCUUCAAACUAAGUCUUGAAUGAAUGGUGACUUGAAGUCACUGAGGAUGCUUUCAGAAAGAUGAGAGCAGCUGGCUCUGGUUCCUUGGCCAACUUCCCAUUUGGGUUAUUACGAGAGCUGGUCAGGUCUUUCAAAGGACCAUUUCUUUGUCAGAAAACUCCUAUUUCUUGAAAUGGAGAUUUUUUUUUCCAUGGGAAAAGGGUCAGCUUUGAUGAAUAUUUUGACUUUAUAAAAAGUUUCAAAAUUGAAAAAUGAACCAAUCUGGUUCUCCAGUUCAAAAUGACACCUUGCUUAGAAGUUUAAGCUAGUUAUUGAUUAAAUAAAAUGUAACAUGGUCAAAAUUUCAUAUGGUGAAAAUUGAAAGGAAACAUUUCAAAAUUCUUAAAACAAAACGCUUCCUUUCAUCCAAACCAAUAAUGAUUUUUGGUUCCAGGAAAAUUUUUGAGAUUUUGAUUAUUCCAUCCUAGUUAGUGAGAGGAAAAGUUUUCAGUAUCUUGAAAAUUUGUGUGGGAUGGGAAAUCCAUUUUCUGCCCAGCCCUGGUAAUUACAUUAGUGUAAAAUUGCUCCUAUAGCUGCAGUUGGUUACACUGCACCUUUCCACUUCCUGCCCUAAGGCACUGCGCAGGGCUGCUGUGGGGCUGUCAAACAGCUGCCCCACUCCAUCCCCACAGUGCAUGAAGAUAUUUCUAUAUACAGUGUAAAAGCCCAAUCCUGCAAGGUGCUGAUGCACCGACUGUGACAUACUGGGCACCCACCACACUCUCUGCAAAGUCAAGGGGAGAGGUGGGUGCUCAGCUGCUUUUAGGAUCAGCACCUAAGUUCAAUUCCUUAAAGCAAUUUACAUUGUAAAGCAUUGAGUUGGGAUCCCUCGAGUAGUAAAUAAAGCAUUGUGCUGUUGUCAGUCAGUGUUACUUUGAGGUUUAUAACAGGCACUUUCUUUUAUAAGCGAUUUUGCUGGGCAGACAUUGUGCUUGAAUAGCGUUAUGAUUUCUAUGGUCUUAUCUGUACCACCGCUGACAACCCCUUAACCGCGACCCUGGGGACAAGAUUCUCAUUUGCACUAAGCCCCUUUCCACCAUGGUAAUGCACAGAGGCCUGGAAGUGGGUGUCAGUGUAAUUUAUGCUCCUCUAAAUUCCUCUUUACAUUGGUGCAAAGGAGAAACUGUGUAAUUCUGAAUAAUGCCCUUUGCUAGAAAUCAGGCAGAAUCUUGGCCAGUCCAGUCGUCCUUUAAACUACUGCUUCCACUUAACAUUGCCUCAGUCAGGGACUGCAGGAUUUAGCCCGGGUCGCACCCCAACCAUGGGAGGGAGGGAGUGAAAGGGAAGGCAGGAAGAAGGUAGAUGGUCCCCUGCAUUAGAGCAUUGCCUGGAAGGGGUUUUUAACAGAUCAAUCCCCACUUUGCCAGGGGAGCUGCAGCCAGUCAGUCCAGUCUCAGAAAAUAGGGUAAGGUCUAAGGAGACAUGGACAAGUAACCGAGGGAAUCUGGUCUUUUCUGAGCCAAUGGCUCUAUUCGCUAGCCCAUAUUGCCCUCUAUUGUCCAUUGUUUCAGAAGGGUCACCAAUAGAUGAACUUUCCUUUUUGUGCAGCCAGACACAGCUUAUUAACCAGCCCCAUUCAGUUUGUUUUUAGCCAGUUUAUUACUAGAUCCAAGUGGAGGCUCUUAACUUCCAUUGACUUCAGCAGGAGUGAGGCUCCUAACACACCUAGCCAUGUUUGAAAAUCCUGCUUUAUAGGCACCGAAAUACUUUUGACCAUCUGGCCCUAAGUCACUGUUGAGAAUGGGACUUGUACUCUUGAAAAUUGCAUUCCACGUUGUCUUAUUUCUCAAAUAUCAGAGCUUUCAGAGUGAUGAUUUAAGGUACAAUUAAAGUCCUCCAAGACAAGAUGCCAAACGAUCAUUACAUAUCUGUGUUGUACCACCCAGAAAUAUGAUACCUUAAACCAAACAUGGAAGACUGGGUAGAGACUUAGGCCGGGAUUCCCCAAAGAACUUAGUGAUUUAGGAGCAUUCUUCUUUGAAAGUCAAAGGGACUUGUGCUCCGAAGUCAUGUGGAUUUGUUUCUAUAGAUCAUCCAUAUUCUGGAGGCUUAAAUUUAUUCUCAAUUAUUAUAGUACACCCCUGAGCCACUGGAAUGCAGAGAAAUUCUACAAGAUAUUCUGUAGCCUCUUUAACCCACCCCUCUAGUAUCUAUCACCACAGCACAUCCUCCUCGGAGACGUUCCUCACUGGACAUAACCAAGACACUGUACCCAGUCACUGCAGCAGUGCACUGGGCAUCAGCCUUUGGACUAGUGUGUCAGGAUUUUGUUCUACUUUUUUAAUGAAAAUGAUCUUUGCCGAGUAUCUGGUUUUAUCUUCCUUAGUGCUAGGAGUGCAGUUAUUUCUGUACCAGACUCAGCGGAUCCAGUUUGUUCAAGUUAGUGGCACCGCCAAGAUCCACUGUUUUUCCACAGAAAAUUUGGAAGGAGGAAGUAGCAUGUUUUGGUAUUUGAGAAGAGAAGGUGAGAAACCCACCUGCAUUAAGCGCUGUUUGGCUGAUCAAAAUGUAAGUAAAUUUGCUUGCAAACACGAGACGCGCAGCUCGACACUGGAAAUCCGCAAUGUCCAAAAGACUGAUUCUGGCAUUUACUACUGUGCAUAUAAAUACAGCAGCUACCUGAUCUUUGGGAAUGGAUCCACGCUGAUUGUUGGAGACAGUUAUACCAACAGCAGCUGGGUGAUGCUUCUAGUCCCAUUUCCACGUGGCAGUCAAGUCACUGGGACAGCGAAUCUGGCCUGUGUGAUCCAAGAAGUGUCCAGCCCAGUCCAUGUUUCCUGGAGUGUUUCUGGGGAGCUGCAGGAACAGGGGCUGAUGCGUUCAUUGAAAGCAAGGGAUGGAUCUUUAACACUCAUAAAUCACAUCAGCGUCCCCAUGGACACCUGGACCAGUGGGAAGAAUUUCACCUGUGAAGUCAAAUUCAACUCUUCUGGCAAAAGUGUGAAGAAAAAUACCAGCUAUCCUACAGCUCAUCCCAGCGGGUGUGUGCUGCAGACGGUGCACUAUACAGUGGCCAUGUUCCUGGUGGUGUUGAUGGUGUCUCUGAGCCUGGCCUGGAAUCACUGCUGUUCUAAUCCAGGAUCAAACCGCUUUUACCCAACUGGAGUUUGAUUCAAGGAAUCACAACCAGAGCGUGGAGCAGUGACCAAUGAAAGGGAAAAGGGGGAAAUCGUAGCCCACACGAGGAUCCAAGCCUGGACACUCACAACUGUUUCACUGCUGAUCUCAAUGACAGGACCAUCCUGUAAGGUGCUGACUUUCUGUAAAAGCUGUUACUGCUUCUUACUGCUCUUCACUGCUGCUGCAUGUGGCUCAGUUCCACACUGUAACUGAAAAUUAACCCACUUGUCCAUCUGGCCUAUACAGAGCAGGAAGUCACAAAAAGAACUAGACCCUUGAAGGUGGGAGAUAUCCUAGUGUGAUAUGAAGGACAUUGUCCUACAGUAUCUUGGUAACAUAUUGGUGUGUUUCGGGACAAAUUCCACCCCUCUGUGAGUGCAGAGGGUCCCAGACCGCAGGAGCAGUGUGGUGUCACUUCAUAAAAGGGGGCGGGAUUGCAGGAGCCUGUGUGUAACCUGUACGCCCCAGAGAUUGGCUGUCUGCUCAGUGUUGUCCAAGGGAGAGGUAAGGGGUUAGCAGGGAUUGAAUCCACCACUACACCAAUCCUCUAGACAACAGCCCCUGUGGAGCUGGGGCACUAGGGCCACAGAGCCUGCUCCAGGCCUGUUGUUGGGGUAGCAGCUGCGAAGUGGCUCCACCACCCUUCUGUGACCUGUGAAGGAGACGAUUCUUCCCCUCUUCCCCCCUAGAGAUCCCGAACUCAGUUACUCAGGCUGAGCACUGGUAACAGGAGCUGGGGCUCAGGGCCUGCCUUACUUACACAGGCAGUUGCAGUGAACUCAGCUACUCUCAUGUCUAAGCCAAGCCCUUGGUGGUUUUGAAAGGGGAGGUGGGAGGUUGUACCCACGAGAAAUUGAAUCUCCCCCGGACCGGGCUUGAGACUCGGGUGUGUUACCGGUCACAAAAGCUGGACCAGAAAAACCCAGAUGCAGAACCAGCUUUGGCCCCUGAUGCACACAGCAGGUGGAAGGGGCAGAACCAGACAGAAGUGACACUUUCCAGCUGGGUGGAGGCCGCUUUUGGAUAAAAGCGCUAUAUAUAAAAAAAAGUUAAUAAUAAUUAACGUUUCUUUGUUCUACAAAUAAAAGCACACAAUCAUAUAUUUUAAUAUCAGUACUCUUAUCUUUCUAAUGCGAUG